AUGUGGUGCCCUGCUCAGCUCCUGGGGCUGCUGGUCCUUUGCAUCUCUGAAUCCAGUGGAGGUAUUGUGAUGACCCAGACUCCACUCGUCCUGCCUGUCACCCUGGGAGAGUCCACCUCCAUCUCCUGCAAGGCUAGUAAGAGCCUCCUUUAUAAAGAUGAAAAAACUUACUUGUUUUGGUACCUACAGAGGCCUGGCCAGUCUCCAAAGUGCUUGAUUUAUUUGGUUUCCAACAGGGCCUCUGGGGUCCCAGACAGGUUCAGUGGCAGUGGGUCAGGGACAGAUUUCACACUGAAAAUCAGGACAGUGGAGGCGGAGGAUGCUGGAGUUUAUUACUGCAUGCAAUUUGUAGAAUACCCUCUCACAGUGGUUCAGCCCCCAUCAAAAACCUCCUACUUAGAGAGGCCAGUUUACAUGUGCGGCAUGGCGGAGGAGCAGUACAGUAGGUUCACAGAGGUUGACAGCAACAGCUGGCACUGUCAGACGCCCUUGCACGACCUGGAGCAUGACUCUGAAGAUGACGGUGAAGGCCCUAGUUGCUCUCAUGAGCGCAGAAGUCUACAGCUACGGUCAAUAAGUAAAGUGGAAUGGAAUCCCUUUGAUCAAGAUGCACAGGGAAUGCUCUGCAGGCCCAAAGGGCUAGCAUCCAAGACCCAGACCGAUCCCAGGCAGCCUCAGUUCUAUGCCUUUAUUAUCACGAGGAAGAAUGACUCUCGGACAUUUGGGUCUGCCCCCACAUUUUAUGAAUAA